AUGCACGCCCUCUCUCGCGUCCCCAAGCUCUCUCCCCGCGCACUCCGCUCCUCCUCUCUCGCCCCUGGUCGUCUCACGCUCUCCCCGACUCCCUCUCAUUCCUCCCUCGUCCCCGUCCGCGCCCUCACCUCCAACGCCAGCACCGCCCAGACAGACCGGGACACCAUCACCCGUCUCCUCUACUCCAUUGGCACUAAACGCGAAGUCGAGCGCUACCUCCGCAUCUUUUCCUCUUCUUCAGACGCGUCCCACCCCGCAAAGUUUGCCGUCAUCAAGGUUGGCGGCGCCGUCCUCGACAACGUAGAAGAGCUCGCGAUCAACCUCAGCUUUCUUUACCGCGUCGGCCUCUACCCCGUCGUUCUUCACGGCGCCGGUCCUCAACUGAACACCAUCAUCGAGAGUGCCGGUCUCAUUCCUGACUAUAUCGACGGCAUUCGUGUCACCGAUGCCAAGACUCUCCAAAUCGCCCGCCGUGUCUUCCUCGACGAGAACCUCAAGCUCGUCGCUGCUCUCGAGAAGCUCGGUACCCGUGCCCGCCCCAUCAACUCUGGUGUCUUCACCGCCGACUACCUCGACAAGGCCAAGUAUGGACUCGUUGGCAAGAUCACCAAGGUCGACAAGCGUCCUAUCGAGGCCGCCAUUCGCGCCGGUGCCCUCCCCAUUCUCACCAGUCUCGCCGAGUCUGAUGCCGGCCAAAUCCUCAACGUGAACGCCGAUAUUGCUGCCGGCGAGCUCGCCAAGGAGCUCGAGCCCCUCAAGAUCGUCUUCCUAAAUGACAAGGGCGGGAUGUUCCAUGGUGUCACGGGUGAAAAGUUGGACCUCAUCAACUUGGACGAGGAGUACGACGACCUCAUGAAGCAGACAUGGGUCAAGUACGGGACCAAGCUCAAGCUCCGCGAGUUCAAGGAACUUCUCGACCACCUCCCUCGUUCGUCGUCAGUCGCCGUCAUCUCCGUCGACUCUCUCCAGCGUGAGCUUUUUACCGACGACGGUGCCGGCACUCUCAUCCGUCGCGGCUACAAGCUUCUCCGCCACAACUCUCUUGAUUCCAUUGGUGCCGACCGUUUGCGUCAAGUGAUCAACGACCGUGACCCCGAUGUUCUAUCCGGCGAGGAGAGCGUUACUGGAGUGCUCAACUCCCUCAAGGACACCCCUUACACCAUCUAUGGUGACGAGCCCCUUGACGCCGUCGCAAUUGUUUCUCACCCCGAUGGCGAGGUUCCUAUUCUUACCAAGCUGCUCGCAUCUCGUGCAGGCGUCAUGAACGGCAUCGUCGACAACGUCUUCAACGCGAUCAAGAAGGACCACCGCAAGCUCUUCUGGACCGCCCGCGCGGACGACGAGAACCGCACCUGGCACUUCGAGCGUGCCGAUGGCAGCUUCACGCGUGCUGGCAAGAGUCUCUUCUGGUACGGCAUCCAUGACGUCCAAGAGAUCGAGAAAGCCGUCAAGGACUUCGAGUCCAAGGGCCGCAUCCCUCGAACCUACCUCCCUGUUGGCCCCUCGGCUCCCCCUCACAGGCUUGUCAGUGGCCUGGGUGCCACCCGGUCUUACUCCACCGUGGCCCGCCGUCGUAUUCCAGGCACCACUCGCGGCUACGCAACUGCUGCUCCCUCGACGGAAGAGAAACGCGUCGCGCUCAUCGGCGCGCGCGGCUUCACGGGCCAGGCACUCACUUCCCUGUUGUCCUCUCAUCCGUACCUCAACCUCACCCACGUCUCCUCCCGCCUUCUCGCGGGCUACUCGCUUACCAACUACACGAAGUCGCCCGUAACGUACAGCGACCUUUCCGUGCAAGAUGUCGAGCGGAUGGAGAAGGACGGCGAGGUUGAUGCGUGGGUUAUGGCGCUGCCGAACGGGGUCUGCAAGCCGUUCGUCGACGCCGUCGACCGGGGCGCGGCAGAGCGAGGGGAUGGGAAGGGCGGGAGUGUCGUGGUGGACCUGAGCGCGGACUACCGCUUCGAGGAUGGAUGGACGUACGGUCUUCCGGAACUGUACGGCCGCUCCGUCAUCCGUGCCUCCAAGCGCAUCUCCAACCCCGGCUGCUACGCAACCUCCACCCAGCUCCUCGUCGCCCCCCUCCUCAAGUUUCUCAAGCCCGAUGCCUGGCCCACCAUCUUCGGCGUGUCGGGCUACAGCGGCGCCGGAACCAUUACUGGGCCCGCCGAUCCAGACGGGCGCCCAACGACUGUGGCGAAGGUCACACCCGAGAGCCUGCACGGCGGCCUGCGCCCGUACGCGCUCACAGACCACAUUCACGAGCGCGAAGCCGGCCGGCACCUCUCCGUGCUCCUCCCGUCCGGGAAGCAGAUCAAGGUCGCGUUCGUGCCAACCGUCGCGCCCUGGUUCAGUGGAAUCACGUCCGUGCUGUCGAUGCCGCUCAGCGCGCGGGUGACGGCGCGGGACGUACGCGCGCUGUACGAGGAGCGGUAUGCGGGCGAGCGGCUCGUCACGAUCCGCGCCGACGCGCCGACGCUGCCGGAGAUCGCGAACCAGCACGGGUGGACGGUGGGCGGCUUCCAGGUGCACAGCGAGGGGGACCGUGCCGUCGUCGUGGGCGGUUUGGACAACCUCCUCAAGGGAGCUGCGACUCAGUGCCUUCAGAACCUCAACUUGGCUCUUGGUUACGACGAGUUGGCAGGUAUUCCUGCUCCCAAGGCCUGA